AACUCUACAUCUCUACACACACACACACACGCACGCAAAAAAUCCGUGUGUGUGCGUGUAGCAACCCACACACGCACACACACACAUAUACACACACCAGAACCCAAGAAACACACACAGGAACCUCUAUAUGUGUGUCAAUCCCCUUAAAACCACACACAACCAAGCUAAAGGCAUUCAGAUCCCCUUUACUGCCGCUAAACGCAUUCCGAUCCCCUUGUCCUGCCUCCACACGCCUCCGAUCCACCUUGCUGCCUGUGAGUGGAGCCCCGCAGAUGAUCAAUAAUGGUGGAGUUAGUGGAGAGGGUUGAAAACUAUAAGGAUUCUACAUUCAAGUACCAUUAUCCACAUCUCCUCCACACACCGGAUUCCCCAGCCGAGAUAUCAGAGAUGUGGCAGGAUAUUGAGACACUUCUAAUGACGGAGGGCAGCCCUGUGGUGGGGCCUCUCGGGGCGCCUCCACCACACCCCACCUUCCAGUACCCCCCACACACCUUCUCCCCAACCCCCCCGCACCCCCUCCUGUCCUCCCCAGCACUGAGAAUACAGGAAGAUAAAGGCAAGAUGAAAGUGUCUCCCGGGGCCUCAUCUCUGCCUACCUCUGGGCUCCAACCUGCUAUCAGUAACCCCUCUACGCCCCAGCCCCCUCCUCUGCAGUCCCCAACCCUACCCCAGCACCCUCCACCUCCACACACCCCAGCACACACCCCGGCACACACCCCAGCGCACACCCAGGCCACACACCAGCGCACACACCGUUUGUCACUUACGAGGGGAAGGAAAGAGGACAAUCUGCAAGCUCUCCAACACAGGCUGGUCAGAGCAACUGUACCCCCGCCUCCACCUACGCCAGACCUCCCCAGACACCACGAUGGGCCCCAGGUUGUCCCCACCAGCCCACCCUUGCCUUCCCCAGUGGGCGUGGGCGGGGUAGGAUGCCAGAACGCUUCAAACAUACCAACAAGUGCCUCUCUGCAGAUUCCGUCCUACUCUCAGUAUUUAGAACCGAAAUAUCAUAGUUUGGAUAAGUACCAGCACGCACCCCAGCCGCCACAGCCCCCCCAUGGAGCCACAGGGGAGUGCGUGGACCCUAAAUUCGUCCCGCAGGGUGAAACAAAGUACCCAGAUGGAAAAUACCCCUUGGACACAGAUUUCUUGGUGCCGGAUGCUAAAUAUUAUACAGCGAUUAAACCAGAGACACGCUACGACCCCCAGGGAAGUCUAGGCACCUCCAGCACCACAGGGGUCGUCAACUGGGGUGUGGAGUCGUUCCCCUGCAAGGACUGCCCACCGCCUCAACCCCCAGUGUCAACCAGUAGCCAGUACACGCCCAGUUCAUACGAAUACACCAGUAGUUAUUACACACCACCUUCUUACUCCAUGUAUCCCACAGGGGCGCCUUCUCCUACCACUUGGGGGAUCAGCAGCAACCAGAUGAGCUACCAGUACCCCAACCAGAUCCCACCACUGUCCAUGCCGCUGUCAGAACCCCCACCACCGCCUCCAAAACCACGAAGACGCAGAGCUAAACGCAAGGUUACAAUACACAGUUGCCCCUAUGAAGGCUGUACCAAAACGUACAUCAAAUCGUCCCACCUCAAGGCACACUUACGCACUCACACAGGAGAGAAGCCGUAUCUGUGCUCGUGGAAGGGCUGUGGGUGGAGGUUCGCGAGGUCAGAUGAGCUAACUAGGCAUUAUAGGAAGCAUACUGGAGAUAGGCCGUUCCAGUGUAGGCUGUGCGAAAGGGCCUUCUCUCGCUCUGACCAUCUCAGUUUGCACAUGAAGAGACAUAUUGCUAUCUAAAAGGGGAGAGAGAGAGAGAGAGAGAGACUAGGGGUGAUAUAGAUUGAGAGAUGUUUAGAUAGAGAAAGAAGAGAAAGAGAAAGAAAGAGAAAGACGAAGAAAGGAAGAAAGGAAGGA